UAUGUGUGAUUAUUAAUGAUUGAUUACAGUGUUGCCAACACAACUAAAAGAGCAUUCCUGAUCUGGCUAUCGGUGCUGAUGUUUGGCAAUGAUGUGACGGUACUGAGUGGACUCGGCACUUGUGUCGUCAUUGUGGGUGUUUUGCUCUACAACAAGGCUCAGCAAAUUGACUUGCAGAUGUACAGCAAACUGAUCAAAAAAGAGCACAGUGGUCUUCCAAGCACAAUGAAAACCCGUUCCAUUUAACCCUGCCUUGAGUUUUUGC